AUGUUUAAUGGAAACUAAUGAAAGUUGACAUAAUUUGUAGUUUGUGAUUGAAAAUAUUAGAAAGAAAACGUUAUAUAGUGAAAACGAGUUUUUUUUUCAACAUGGCGGAAAAUAUAAGUGACAAAAAGGUUAGAAACAGAGGUGCAAAUUUCACAAAUGCAGAGAAACAGAAUCUUCUUCUGAUCGUGGACAAAUACAGAAGUAUUGUGGAAUCCAAGAAAAGUGAUUCUGUGAGCAAUAAACAAAAAUUGCAGGCAUGGGAGGAAAUUUGUCGUGCUUUUAACGCAAAAAACAUAUCUCCUGAAUAUCGGCCCGCUCAUAGAAUAAAAUUUUUAUGGGACAAUAUAAAACGCGACACCCGAAGGAAAUUGAGCGCUUUGCGACAAGAAACAUUUAAAAAAGAAGGUGGAAGAAAUCCAGCAAAGGAAGAGCUUUUUUGUUUAAAGGUAAAAGAAAUCAUUGGCAAUGCAGCAGAACCAAUGGAAAAUAAUGCUAAUGAUGAUGGCGCUUUCUCAGUGUAUACUGAUCAAGGCACUGGCAGCUUAGGAAAGCCGGAUGAUACAAAACAAAUGGAAGUAAAAGAAGAAGUUUCAGCAACUGCGGAAAGUAGAACGAAUGUAGUUGAAAUUGCGGAAACCUCAGAAAAAAAUAAGACACUCAGCAACGUAGCUGAACAGGACAAAGAUUGGUCGCACUGGAAACCUAUAAUGCUGAAAACGCAGAAAAUGUCUUCAUUGUGGAUGCAGUCAAAUUCCUCAUCAUCUUCAGCAUCAAAUCCAGUAGAAGUCGAUGUCCCACCGUCAGCAGCAACACUUUCAAAUACGAAGCAAGCGAAAGAGCUUCAACAUUUGGACGAGAUUGUUGCCAAAAGGUUUAGGAAAAAUCCGUGCAAUAAUAGUUGUGCUAAAUAUUUUAGAAGUAAUAAGGCCUUAAUUCAAGCUAAAAUUGAUUAUAUCAAUACUUUGAAAAAAGAGAUGGUAGAAAAAGCUGCUUUGGAGAAGGAAAUUCUUAAACAUACGUUGAUUGAGACAAAACUCAAAAUUCAGAUUUUGCGAAAGCAGUUAGAAAAUGGAAAGUAGAUAACGUAAAAAUAGUUUAAGCUUACAAGAAAAUAUUGUACGCUAGUUCAUAAUAUUCUUUUUUCUAGGCGCAAGUACAAUACGUGGCUGUGCAAUAAUGCAUUGAAAUAAUUUUAAAUAAUUUAAAAUUUUUUAAAAAUCGAGAUUCAGGGGCAGACGAAGCUCAAUUUAAGCGGAAGAUAAUUUCGCUUGCUUGGCACCCCCAUUUGGCGCCCCCGCUUAUCGCUCUCAGAGCCCUGCGACCGCAGGAGGAGCAGGCAGUCGCCUUAAUCUGGCCCUGUUGAGAUUUGAUUGAACUCUGCGUUGAACCCUCCUGUUUUUAUAUUUUUGGAAGUUGUAGGUAAAUAUUAAUUGUGAAUUUACCUCUCACUAAAAAAAUAUUAAUGAAGACUUUUUCGCCCAAAGAUAUCGUAAUUUGAGUGACGUGAUGCGGCGCAACCUGCUUUAUCUCAUGUGAUUUUGAUAAUUUUGCAGAAAUCAUUGGAGCUUUCAAUGCUUCUUGUGUGGCAAUAUAAUUUAUUUAUAACAAAUUGUAUUUAAGGAAAUAAAGAGACGAAAAAU